AUGUCAUUCAAUACUAUGGGAUCAUUAACUCAAGUUAUCGGACAUGAAGCAAAAGAGAAUAUUUCUACGGAUCAUUUACUUGAAGAAUGUGUGAAUAGUAAAACUUCGAGAAUGCUGGAAAAUAAUACUUUUAAUAAUUUACAUGAUUUGAAGAAAAUUGGUGAAGGUGUGGAUACUGCAUUCAAUUUCAAUAAUGUGCGUUCAAUCACCCAAGUUGCUGAAAAUCAAGCCAAUAAGAAAGCUUUUGAAGAUAACUUAAUUAAGGAAUGUUUCAUUGAUGACAAUUUGUUACAACUUGUGAAUGAUAUUGAGAAGCGUAAUCAAGGUAAUAAUUAA